AUGGCGUUCGUGAACGCGCGUCAGGUGCCCGAGCAGGAGAUGACGUUGGAGGAGUUUGAGGCCUGGUUGCGCAGCUUCGGCGACGACGGCGAUGGCUUCGUCUCGCUGAAGGCCCUCCAGCGGGCCAUCCGCAGCCGUGGUCUGUGGUUGGUUUGGUGGAAGGCCCGCCAGGGGAUGAAGGUCGCCGACGUCAACGGCGACGGCCGCAUUGGCAAGGAAGAGAUCAGCAAGCUGUACGUCUACGCCAAGAAGAAACUCGGCCUGAAGAAAUCCACCGCCCACUCUUGA